UCGCCACACAAAAAUGCAAGAUGAUCUGGUACAAAAGAUCAGCGAAAUCGGCCUGGUCCUUCGCGAAUACCAAUGGCUGAUAGACGCCUACAUAGUGGAUUUCUAUGAAGAGGAUCACUUUCAAAGGCUGCCCACGAGUUGGCGCGCUUGUAUGGAGAUCAUUUCCGUCCAGCAGCUGCACGGUUUGCUCCGCUUCGAUCGCCGGCAAACCGAAACCACAGUCUGGCCCUUGGCGAUCUUAGCGCUCCGGUCUCUGUUCCAUCGACUGGCCCUCCCGAGGGAACACCGGGAGUGCAAGGGGAGCACUUUGGAUAAGCGGUGGGUCAACAGCACAUUUCAUCGUCAUGCGGGGCUCUUCCAAAAAUCAGUCAAACAUAAAAAGCGCCAUGAAAUUGUCCAGUUUGCAGCUAGCUGUUUGAACGAAGAACCACCACAGGACCACUGCACACUAGUGGACAUUGGCUCGGGGCAAGGUAAUCUCGCCAGAGCUCUAGGGUUAGGAUUUGGCUAUCAAGUAUGCUGCCUCGAACAAAACGAAUCGUUUGUUCAAACUGCAAGACGAAAAGAUGCGGAAUUGGGUCAAAAAUUGACCAAAAGGGAUCCUGCCCUGAGAGAUACCCUGGUGAUGCCGGUCCAUCUUCAUGAGCGAGUUAAUUUGGAGCAAAUUGAUCCGCAAGGGUUCGUUCAAAUGUUGAACCGAGCACUGAAUUCUUCCAGUAAAGAUGAAUUUCAAUUCGGGUUGAUUGGUUUACAUCCUUGCGGGGACUUGGCACCAUCGUUGCUUCGACUAUUCCUCGCCUGCAGGGAGUGUCGUUUCGUAAAGCUUGUCUGCUGCUGCUAUAUGAAAUUGUCCUGCUUGGCAUUGCCCGACCAGCAUGCGGCAAAUAAUUACGGGUUUCCUCUGAGCGAGUUUUGUCGAUCCAGCGGCCUUUUGCUAAGCUAUCAGGCAAGAGAAAUUGCAUGCCAUGCGAUAGAACAGUACAGCUGUAAGCUCCAGGAGGACUACGAAGAGCUUAAGGUCCACGCUUACCGGGCUGCCAUCGAAUGCAUCAUCGUACGGUUGAAGCCAGAAUUGAAACACUCAGGGCUUAGAGGAGGCAUAAAAGCAGCCGAGGUCUCGUUCGAAGAAUACUCACGUCGAGCUGUUGAGGGAAUGGAUAUUUCAAUUCCCUCCGAAGAAUUGCAUUCCUACGAAACGCAGCGACGCUUGGAACGCUGGGAGGAUGUUGUAAAGUUCUACACGCUGCGGCUUAUGUUUGCUCCGCUGGUUGAAACGUUGAUCCUGUACGAUCGACUGCUGUUUCUACACGAAAGAGGUUGCAACGCUAGAAUCGAUGUCAUGUUCGACCCGGUAGAAUCUCCACGGAAUCACGCCAUUACUGCCUUUAAAUGAAGUUCUCUUAUCAACCAUUGUGGUAUUAUUUC